GACUUGAAAGAGUGGCACAGAAUAGUAAUUUUGAGGGACGCCUCCCUAUUUCGUGACGUCGCGUUGCCAGCACUGGCCGGGCGAGUACGAGACUACGAGCAGCCUGGGCUGCUGAAUGAUGCCAUUUGGUAAACAAUCCCCCUUAUUUUCUUUUCGUACGUGAGUGCGACGUAAAUCGCACGUUCCGACAGUUGCCUUAAAUGGCGUAGGAAGGCGGGCACCGUGUGCUUAGAGGGUUUCAGGGAUCAAUAGCGAUAAGGUAGCGAGUAGAAGAAAAUUAUGCCCGCCUCGUGUGCACGACCGCGUUAACCUCUCGUCACGCUGUGCCAGCGACACGACUGCCGUUGAAGCCGCGGGCGUCAACGACACGGCAUGCCGACGGGCUCGAGGAUGCGUCAUUGAGGCUUUUUCAUCCGGCCAGCGUUGUACGAUGCUAUAAAUCUCACGCGAGAUGUUACGGCGAAAUAGGUUCAAGCACAGAAUAAUAUCCGUGAGCGUGAUCGUGCUCGCGACAAUAUUUUACAAUGAAUUCCUCGUAUACGAAGUACAAAAGCUCAAGUGGGCCAUGCGCGAGUGCUCCGAGUGCGUCAAGGUCCUCCUCGUCGCGGAUCCACAGAUACUCGGGGAGAAAUAUGAGAAUUACUUUGGCUCAUGGAUAGCGAGAUGGGACAGCGACAGGUACCUGGAGAAAACCUUCUCGAGGGCGAUGAAGUUUUCCCAGCCGCACGUCAUUGCCUUCUUAGGUGAUCUCAUGGACGAGGGCCACAUAGCUAACGCGGAAGAUUUCGAGAGGUACAAGAGGAGGCUGGACUCAAUAUUUUCCAUGCCGGAUGACAUAAUGAAAAUCUAUCUGCCGGGCGACAACGACAUUGGAGGCGAGGACGAUCGUGUUUCUUCCAACAUCAACAAGAGAUUCAAUUUCGCGUACACCCAGCCGGACACGUUGGUGUACAAGACCGUCACUUUUUUUAAAGUGAACAGAUUGACGCGCACGAUGCCGGAAGCGCCGAAGGAUGCGUUUCUCAAUGAUUACGCGGAAAGGAACACCACCAAUGUUAUCCUCAGUCACAUGCCUUUGCUGUUCACGCCCGGGACUUUCGUGCAGAACGUGCUCAAGGAGCUGUCGCCGCAGGUCAUCUUCACCGCGCACGAGCACAAGGCGAUGCACAUAAGCCUGGACACGGCGACGGAUCAGCUGAGCGACAUUUGGAUUCUGCCGCCGCACGAGACGCCUCUGUACCAGCUCAGAAUGGACGUAGGCGACAUCCACGAAGUGCAAAUACCGACCUGCUCCUACAGAAUGGGCACGCCACACAUGGGUUACGGACUCGCCUACAUAGAUACCCAGGAGAAGACCGUCGAGUUCACGAUUCUCUGGCUACCAACCAGAUUCCCGCAGCUACGUGCUUACAUAUUUAUCGUUGUAUUGGUCAUCGUACUUGCCAUUUGCUCCUUCGUCUCAGGCUGCUGCGUAAAGAGCUACGCGACUUAUAACCGUAUACCCUCCGUCUAGGAUUAGCGUUCGAUCAAAAAGUACUUACACACUUUAAACGUUGAAUUGACCUGGCGUUGUGAAUUAGGUACAAAGAUCCGUCCACAGAUUACAUGGCUCUCCGACCGUCUAUCUUAAAUCCCGGGGCGAGCAAGAGUGAUAGCCGUUUACUAGCUAGCCACGUUGACAACAACUGGUAACAGUGAGACUUAUUCGUUAGCUCUCUGAAGAAUUUUAGAGCCCCCUCCGAAGUUGGAAUCCUCCUUUCCUGAAACCUUCUGUCAAGUUACUUACGAAUAUAUAAUAUAUUCACUUGCCUUAAUCUCAGUCAUGCAUUACUGAAGGCACGGCUGAAUUUAAAAUGCCAAGUCAAGUUACGAAUAUAUAUUCAUUUGCCUUAAUCUCAGUCGUGAAGAAUAGAAUCCCGGGUCAUGUAUUACCGACGGCACGACUGACAAGGGGAAGCUCAGGUGACUCACCCUGGGAUUUCGAUGCCAAUUUUUUUGGUUAUUCUGGAGGUGAAAAAAAGAGAUACCUGUCCCGGCGUUUGAUUGAAUAGGCCUUAGUUUCGGAGUAAUAAAUUUGUGAAAAUUGAAAUUUAUUUAUCGUCAAGUGUAAAACUUCAUCCGAAGAAUCCAAAAUUUUGUUGAAGUUUUACAACAAAACCGACAGCUGUCUUCGCGAGAAGACGCAAUAAAGAUUCAUUCUUUAAUUCAUUCGCAAUUAUCAGCGGGAGCUUUUACAGAUAUGAUCGAGCACGCUUGGUUUGCAUCGAAAUUAAUUUCUCUCGCUGAUAAUUGCAAAUGAAU